CAUCCCCACAGACAGACUAGACUCCAAAGGUGCAGUCAAAGCGGCCUCAUACUUACUCGUAACUCGGACCGAUUGCAUCACAUCACAAUCGCGCACCAGCCGGUCCUUCCAUUCACAAGCAUCUGAUUAACUUACAAUACCAUGAUCGAGGCUUCAUCCUCACCACAGGCUCAUCUUCAUUCACUUUUCCACCUAUGAUCCUACAAUCCGACUCCCUCCAACCCUCAGGCAUGCCUCUCAUAUCCUAAAGCCUCGUCCUUCCGCGAAAUGACCGUACCCGACCGCGAACUAUGCCUCACUCCUACACAAGGCCUGGCAACACUUGGGAAGUUCUAUCCUACUAAAAUAACCAUACAACAUCACCAACUGCGACGUUUCAUCAGUGCCUCAGAUGGCGGCUUCAUCUACUACGUCACAAACUACGAUAUCUUUGUCCUCGACCUUGCGACCAAGCAGAACUCCCUAAUAGCAACGAUCCCCUUCGAAGCAAGAUGUCUGGCGGCAGAUUUGGGCUGGGUCUGUGUCGGCGGGGAGAUCAACGGAGACUGCGCAUUCAUCAAGGUCGAGACGGACGAACAGGGUCACCCAAAAUGCUUCGGACACGAUCUGGUGGUGGAUUUGCUCGGAGGUGAAAUAGUCAAUUCCAUGAGCAUACACACCAUGGUACACGACGGCAAAGCACCCGACGAACCGGUGGUGUUGAUCAGCAACAAUGAUAAGACGGUCAAGCUCUAUUCUCUAGUACAACGACAGGUUCUGACGACUCUCUCCCAUCAAGUACCUAUGAAUUUUGCUGCAAUGUCUCCAGACUCUGAAAUCGUUGCAGCAGUGGGCGACUCCGACAAGGUAUAUUUUUACCAACGUCAGCUGGACGAAGGUAAAAUAUGGGUUAAUGGCUCUGUUACAUAUCCCAAGUACACCUGGAAGCCUCUCACCGAAGUAGUGGUUCCCACAGGCGACCCUGUUCAGGAGGAUUUCAGCUUUGCCGUCGCUUUCUCACCCUCUGGCCAUCUCUGUGCUUCAUCUUCUCAAGGGGGUUCAAUCACCGUCUUUGACAUGGAUCGACUAGUGCACAGUGAGGGUCCACCCGGGAAGUCUAUACUCUAUACUUUCAAGUCAUCUCGACCCACGCUGUGGGGUUGUGUUAGGGCGAUGGCAUUUUCCCCUGCGCCGUGGGAUAUUCUUGCUUGGGCUGAAGACCAUGGAAGGAUCGGCCUGGCAGACGUCAGACAAUGCUUUAUGAGGAGACAGAUCCUGGAGCUGGACAAACAAAAGGUCGAAACGGUAGAUCUUGAGGAUGCUACGCCCGUUGCGUAUCGAAAUAUCGGAAUCAAGGACCGACUGAAACAACAGCAUCUUGCCCGAAUGAGGGCAAUUCGGGGCAUGUCCUCUCAAGAAGCCGAAUCUGAAUUGGACAUUGACGACCUGACCACCGAAUCUGACCGGCGCCACAACCGACAAGAUUUGUUGACGUACCAUCAAGGACUUGAUCUUGAUGCUCGAGAAAGAUCCGUGAUUGACGCGCUUGAAACAACCAUGGACAAUGUAGGGCAGCCCGACCCCCCUUUCAGUAUCAGUUAUACGUCUUCGCCGCGGCUGAGGGAAUCGACCGAUGGCAGAAGAGGGUAUGAUGUACAAUUGUCAAAUCCUCCUUCGGUGCCAAGUGGUGUUCGGUCUCAUCAGCCAAGAAGGAGAACAUCAGUGGUGUUAUCUGAUUCUACUGCCAAUGCUAGUCGAUACCUUGAUCCCAAUGAAAGUCAAACGACUAGAUUGUCUGCAUCUCCAGCCCGCAUAGGCGACGAUGAUGACCUUUCUGUCAUGUCGACGCGCGAUCUUGGUCCAUCCAAUCCUCGAGCACCGUCGGGCAAUAUUCCACCAAGUGAUCCUUGGCAUGUGAUACAGUCUGCCCUGGAGACAGCACGAGAGUCGGACAACAGCAACCGGGUCACCCUGGCCCGCAUCGAAGCUGCUCUAGAAGCUGAACGACGGCUGGGGACUCAACUUGAACAUCAAUUGGCGGAUGAACGACAGUUGUCAACACUGCUCCGGAGGCAGCUCGAUACUCAACAACGGCUGCUCAUGGAGAAUUCGUCUCAGCUGGAUCAUCUUCGGGCAGUCGCUAGAGAGUCUAACGCUCAUGUUGAAGCGUCUCUAGAAAGGGUCUUCCAGCGUCAACUAGCUGACGAGGAACAUUUUCUACGACAACGAUCACAGGAACUGCAAAGUGAGAUGAACGCCGGGGAAGAGUACGCUCGUAGGCUUUCAGUCGAAAGAGCUCGAUUGUUAUCAGCCAGAGCCAGAGGCGAGUCGCCCGAUGGGAGAGACUCCAGCUCUGCACGCACCACAACCCUACCGACGACCAACCUCCGCUCGCCUGAAGGAAGCAAUAAUCUCUCUAGCGUCCUGACUGACUAUACCGAAGCGAGACAACAAAGGCUCGCACAUAUCGAGAAUCUCCAGCGACAAGUCCGUCGAGCCGAGUCACGAGUCGCACUUGCGACAAACGACGUCCAAGCGCUCGAGAAUGCUAUACGCCGAGAAUUUGGUCGGCCAGAUGGCAGCAGAGGACCGGAUGAAGCUGAGAACAUGAUCCGCCGAGCGUCCACGAACAAUGGGCCGAGCUGGCGGACCGGGAUCACGCAACAUGAAAACAGUCGGGUGACGGCGCGUCGAGCUCAACCGUCAGUGGCUCACCGCGAAGCACGCAUGGAACGACUUGCUGAAAUAGCUGGCCGUGUGCCCGAUGCGGAGCUGCGUCUCGCCCGCAUGAUGUUCAUGUCCGGCAUGUCGGGUAGUCGCUCGCUCGAUGCGAACGGCAAUUGGACGCCGGGCUCGGGCCUGCACCGAGUUCUUGCAGGAGCGUCGAGUCUAGCGAGUGGUGCAUCCGGCGGGCGUUCAACGACCACAGCAGAGGACGCCAUGAGAGAAAUGGGACCUGGGACUGCAGGGAUCGGCUUCAGUCCUGAUGGUCAGUAUCUCUUCGCCGGCUCCGAGGAAGGCAUCUACGAGUUCAAAGUCAACCUGCGCGAUCGCAUGACGUUCCCUGCUAUUGAGAUGCGUUGAGCUCGACCACGACGGAUUGCUUCGCUUGGGCCCGAGAGGAUAUCGUGCUGCCAUACUUAAUGUAUUCUUGUGUAUUCUUACUUACGAAAGCUGAUGAUCUGCUCGCUUGCUUGGUUUGCGAGUGUUGUGCUUGUUGUCACCACCAUCUGGGAGCUAGGGAGCGUGCUGUAUCUGGUCUUCCUGCUUGUCGUCUGCGCGAAUGGCGUUUUAAAAAAUAGCAUUUUGGCUUGAAGCACACAAAGGGAGCGAGUUGAUUCACUAGCUAGUCAAGCAGCACAUGGGGUUAUUUGUUAUUUCCUAUCAUGUCCGGAUACUACGUCUUUUGGUUUUGAAGAUAAGUUUUGCGGUGUGUUAUAAAGCGUCCUUCUCUCACCAGUUCGGCGCAGGACUGUUUGCCGUGUAUUCAGCAGGAUUUCUGUAUGGUGGUCGGACCCAAUCUCAUUGUCGUAUACGGAGUAUAUUCAAACUCGUUCGUCCGGACAGAAUUUGAGCUCCUGACCAUUGUCAAUGUCUUGUACGCGG